AUGGUAGAAAGUAAAAAUUGUAUUGAUAAUUAAGCUCCAGAGGUAUUUCAAGGCUAUAAAAGAAUCAGUGUCUUAGGUUCUGGAACAUUUGGUAUCGUUUUUAAAUAUCAAAAGAAUGAUCAGAUAAUUUCUAUUAAAUUCUCAAAGCCAAAUAGCUAUAGUAAUGAUUGCUUAAAUGAAGCUAUCAUAAUGAGAAAGAUGACGGAAGAUGGACGUCAUGGUUUCUUCCCAAAAUAUAUUAAGAAUGGCUGUACAAAGGUUAAUGACAAAAUUGUAAAUUAUCUUAUGAUGGAAUACCUAGAUGAGUAAAUUAAUGCUAUUAAUGAUUCAUAAAAUUCAAAUCAAUUUGACUUCUAAGAUGGACUAGAUCAAAUUGGUCAAAAACUUUUUGUGAGCAUGAUAACUGUUGUUUAGUAGCUUCAUAAUUCAGGCUAUAUACACAGAGAUAUUAAACCAUCAAACUUUAUGAUGAAAGAUGGUAAAGUUUAUAUAAUUGACUUUGGAUUAUCAAAGCAGUAUUUGAAAGACGGAGUUCAUUGUGAUCAACUUGAACAGAUCUAAUAAUUAAAAGGGUCGCCAUUUUUUGCAUCAUUAAACUCACAUAAUUUAAUUGAUAUUUCAAGAAGAGAUGACCUUGAGUCUCUAGCCUACACAUUUCUUUACAUAAUAAAUCUAUUGCCUUGGGUUAAUAAAUAAGAUAUGUAAUUAGGAAAUUACUAAACAUAACUUGAACUGAAUAACUAAGUCAAGCUUUAAAAAGAGGAUCUGCAAUUUAAUAUAAUUUCAAAUAAACAUUUUGACAAAUUUAACGAAGAACCACCUUAUGAAAAUCUCAGACAGGUAUUCUUGAACUCUCAUGAUUAGAUUUCAAAUAAUAAGGAUGAGCAAAUGGCUUUACCUGAAAGUAAUUACAUAUAUCAAGAACUAAAGCAAAAAGUAAGUUUAUUCAAGAAGAAUCCAUCAGAUGAAUUCAUUUUACUUAAUGAGUAUGAGUCAAAAAAGAUAUUGAAGAUUAUAGAUUCUUUCUACUCAAUUAUAAACUUUCAUAAAGAUAUCGAUAUUACAGUUAGACUUAGUUUAGAUUCUAUUAACAAAGACUAUAAGAAUAUCGAAAUCACUAAAGAAACUACUGUGCAGUUUAUGUCUGAAAUCUAUGGUUGGAAUAAUGGUUAAGAUAUGAUUUUAAAUGAAGAAGAAAGAAGUUAUGAGUUUCAAAUAAGUAGAUAAAUAUGGCAAGAUUUGGCUAACAAAUAAUUAAACAAACGUAAAAGAUGA